AUGUUAAUAAUAUUAUUAUUAUCAAUAUCAUUAAUAACCAGUGCAAAUUUGAAAUGUGAGACAUCGACAAACGUCCCGAAAUACCAUUUGAUUGAAAAGUGUCGUAGAUCAACACUUGGCGUAGCAGCGAGGGCCAAGUUCCUCUCUUUGACUAGCUGCAAAAGACUUGGCAUCGAAAAGAAAGCCUUGGCGUUGAACUUUAGUCCAAAUUGGAAUAGUACAGGAGAAGGGGAAUAUCCUUGUGAGGUCCUGAAGUGUGCUGAAGCUGAAGGUGGAUUGUCAUUGGUUAAUGAUACGAGAUUUGACUAUUACAGUCUAUAUGCUAAUCCUAUUCCUACAGUGAACACUACCUGUGUUCCAGGAAUUGGGAUGUUCAACCUUCUCUUUCAGAAAUUAAACUAUACGAACGCAUUAAUUGAGUGUAGAAAUUUGAGUGGCACACUCGCAGAUGUAACGAGCGAACAGAGAACGGAUGCUCUUGCGCAGGUUCUGACUGGGGCUAGUAUUACCUCCGCUUUUAUUGGGGUUAAAAAAGAAAAUGGUACUGUGUUUCAUAUUUUGAGUGGACACCGCCUUGAUUGUACGGCCUACCGGGCAUGGGCACCAAAUCAUCCAAGAAGGAAUCCAUACCACCAGUGUGUGCUGCUCACCAAACAGCAUACUUGGAGAACUACUAAUUGCAAUCAUACUUACCCAGCUCUAUGUGAGCUUAUUCCACGCGGACCUUACAAAAGAGUGAAAAGUUGCACAGCAGUAGCAAUGGGACAAGGAAGAAGUCAGUUCACUGAAGAGGAACUCCAAGAUUAUGAGGACUUGACCUAUUUCACGAAGUCGGAAGUAUUGUAUGCACAUCAGAAAUUCAAGGAAUUGGCACCAGAGAAAGUUGGUCACAAUAAAAAUGCUAAGCUACCAAUGGCCAAGAUCUUACAAUAUCCAGAACUACGGGUGAACCCUUUCAGAGACAGAAUCUGCAAAGUUUUCAGUUCAAGUAAUGAUGGUGACUGCACAUUUGAGGAUUUCCUUGACAUGAUGUCAGUCUUUAGUCGAAAUGCACCUAAGUCAGUCAAAGCUGAACAUGCAUUUAGAAUUUUUGAUUUCGAUGGAGAUGAUAUGAUUGGAGUAUCUGACCUCCGAGAAGUUGUGGAGAGGUUGUGUGGACCUGAGCUAAAGUUAAGUGAGUCUGAAAUCCAGGGUCUCAUACAAAAUGUUCUACAAGAAGCCGAUUUGGAUGAUGAUGGGGCUUUAUCAUUUGCUGAGUUUGAACACAUUAUAGACAAGAGUUCUGAUUUUUCACACUCCUUCAGGAUAAGACUAUAA